GCCGCCUCCUCCGUCCCCUCCCCGUCCCCGUCCCUCUCCCUUCCCUCCCGGCCCCGCUGCCAGGGGCGAAGCCGCCCGCCGGGCCCCGCGGCUUUUUCUCUUGGAUUUUAUUACUGGAAAACUCUCUAAUGACAACUUUGCUUAGGAGCUGAGUGUUGUGACCUGCCCUACUUCUCCCUGCUUGGUGUGGGAACGACCUGAAGAACGUCUUGAAGCCACCUGUACUGCUUCAUGCAGUUAAAUGUUCUGAGGUCAUGAAACUUAAUCCACAGCAAGCUCCAUUGUAUGGUGACUCUGUUAUUACAGUGCAGCUGACUGAGGAAGAUAAAGUUGAAGAUGAUGUAGUUUUUUACUUGGUCUUCACUGGAUCAACUGUCCAACACUGCACAAGCACGAGAAAGAUUAAUCCAGGGAGUCUGGAGACAAUUUCUCCUGGCCAUGACUGCUGUGAGACAGUGAAGGUGGCACUUUGUGCCUCUAGAGAAGGUCACCCCGUUCUGGUUGUGGCAGAAGAGAGUUUCCAGUUUGUCCAGGACGAAGCCUACGAUGCCGCCCAGUUUCUGGCCACCUGUGCUGGCAACCAGCAGGCGCUGAAUUUCACACGCUUCUUGGACCGGUCACGGCCACCUGCUGCAGACGUGGACUUCUUGGAUGAGAAGGUGGCCUUGGCAUUUCGACACCUGAAGCUGCCUGCAGAAUGGAACGUGCUGGGAGCGGACCAGUCCCUGAGCGAGAACAUCCCUCGGGAGACUCUGAUGCACUUUGCGGUGAGGCUGGGUCUGCUGCGCCUGACGUGGUUUCUGCUCCAGCAGCCGGGGGGAAGAGGAGCUCUCAGCAUCCACAACAACGAAGGGGCAACGCCUGUCAGCUUGGCCUUGGAGAGGGGCUACCAGAAGCUGCACCAACUUCUGACAGAGGAGGGAGCCAGGGAGCCGGACUCGUGGAGCACCCUGUCGCACACGGUGCACUCGGGGCACUACAGCGUGAAGCACCACCGUGGGCUCGACGUGUACCUGCUGACAGCUGAGGCCAGGGAGGGGACAGCAGCCAGCUGGGAGAGGGACAUUCAGCACCUCCAGAUGCACAUGCAGAGCCACCAGCACCAGAGUUUAAGGCAGCAGACAGAGCCUGUACUGGGAGAUUCUGGAGACAGCUGUGCUAAAGGAGCAGAGCCAAAUGGUUACCUGACCACUACUUUCCAGAGCCUAGAAGAAAUGGCAAGAGAAGAAAGGCAGGAAAAUCCACCUGAUUUAGUUCACCUGGACAUUGGGCAGCUCUCAAACCAAACCCAGCAGGAGGAGAACUGCAACAGCAGCAGUCUGGGAGCUUUUAAUGAUGCACCAAAAGACAUGGUUAGCCUGGAAGAUGCAAACUGUCCAGUGAACAUCUGUGAAAGUAAAACCACAGUGAUAUUGUGUAAAAAGGAAGGAGAGGUGGAGCUAAGAUCUGCAGAGGGCUCUGGGACUAUAUCAGAUGAGGACUGCAGUGUGAGCCUGUGUGCAAGUCUGAAUGGUGCUGUAAAUCUUCCAUCCUCUGGAAAUACAAAUGAGGAAGCUGGGAUGACAUCGGCUGGAGUUGUUCUGGACCAGGCUGGCGGGGACAGUACAGGCAGUGCCCAUCAGGAAGUGCAGAGUGCUGAGGAAUUUGCUGACAGUGCCGCUGCUGUGGCUGCAGCUGCAGGUGAAGCCCCAGCUUCCUUGGGGGGCCUGGAUGUGGCCAUGGGCCAGACUGAAUGCAGGAACUGUGCUGGGGCUCCUGAGAAGGCUAAGGGCCAGCAGCGGGCAGAGGAUGGGAUGGCAGAGCCUGGUGAAAGGACUGCAAGCCUGGCAGAGAAAUACCCAGCUAAGGAAGAGUCAUCCAGCACUGCUCAGCCCUUACUCAGUGGUGUCAAUGGCACUGGGUGUUCGGAUGGGGAGGAUGCAGAUGUGGGAGUGGUACCGGCCUGUGACGGUGCAGAUUCACAUGGUGACAUUGGCAGUGUCCCUGCUGACCUUUGCAAGACUGGCAGGAACAAAGAGACUGAUGUGGACUCGUGCACUGCUCAGGUAAACGGGGACUUCACAGAAAGCCAGGCUGAUGCCAGUGUCACAGCGAGGCAGGAGGUCACUGCCAGCACUGAGGAAGCAUUGCCUGCAGUGAAUGGGGUGAAGGUUCCUGCAUGUGCAUCAAAACCUGCUCCUGGUUUGGAAGUCCAUGGCAGCAGUGAGAGUGGGGAGCAAGAAGGGCAGGUGGGAGCAGGCUGCACAGAUGGAAAAUCCAGCUUGCCCUCACUGGAAGGCAGUGUGGAAACUGAUGGCCCUGAUGCUGAACCUGAAAACAGAGAUGUUGGUGAAUCUAAUGAAAGUGGUGCAGGACCUGCACAUUGCCAGGAGAGUGGUGAGAUCUCUGACCGUGGGGCUGAAGCCAUGGAGAGCAGUGAAAAGGAGCCAGCAGGAACUGAUACCAGCAGCUGCAGAGAGGGAGGAAGCAAAAAUUCUGCAGGCAGUGGUCAGGAAGUUGCUGCCUGUGACCCUUCUGCUGCUCAAGCUGGUGUUAAAGGUGAAAUGGGCAACAGCUUCAAACCAGACACUGCUCAGCAGAGCGAACGUGAGGAACGUGAGCCUGCAUCGCUCCCUCCAGAGAAUGUGAGCACAGCUCUGGUGGAGAAAGAGCCUGCCCAGGCUGGAGCUGAGAAAGCAGAAAGUGCUUCAGAGCAGGAGGGGAGGAGCAGCAAGGUGGAACUGCCCUCUCUCCUAGCCAGGGGAGAGGGGCUGGCUGUGAGUCAGGAGGGAGAUGCUGCAGUGGCACCUCCCGGGCAGGAGGCAGCUCUGCAAGGUAAUGACCCUGGAUCAGCUCCAUGUGCCAAGGGCGCAGACUGUGCCGAGGAUGAUUUAAUAGGCACACCCUCUGCAACUCAUAAUGAGGAAUCUAAACAAAACCAGGAAGCAGUGGCAGCGAGGGCAGGCUCAGCAGAGCUCUCCUGGCAGCACGGUGGGGAGCAUGGUGGAGUAGCUGCCACCUGGCCUGGGGACCAUGCUGGGGACGAGGGCUCCCCGAAACAGGGCCACUCGCAGAAAGCUGAAGGAGGCAAAGCUGAACCUGAGCAGGAGGCUCAUGUGAAUGGCAAUGAGCAGGUUUUGUCGGAGGAACUUCUCACUGCUGUUGUGAAACCCUCUGCCUGCAGUCUGGCGGGGCCUGUGGUGGGCAGCAGCAGCGUGGAUGCUGGGCUGAAAGCAACAGACCAACCCAAAGAGGAUUGCAAGGCUGGAGCAGCAGUUGCAGCAGAAGGCACCAUGCAUGGACCUGCAUCAGCAGAUGAGUCACUGGGUGCGGAAAGUGACCCUUGUCCGAAUGCUGGGCUGAACCAAGAGCAGGACCCCUCUCAAACCCUACAACAAAUCUCCCCCAACAGCAGCACCCCCAAAUUAAAGGAUGUCUCAGAGGAGGGAGCCCCGAGCGAUGGCUGUGAGGAUCAGGAGGGGCCAAGGCCGGUGCCAGUAGCCCCUGUUGCAGCGUAUCCAGAGGAGCAGGAGGACACGGAGCUGCUGCCCCGGGCAGCGCUCCAGCCCAUCGCAGAGGAGCCCACGUGUGACAGUGACUCCAGCACCGACACCGUCUGUCCAGCUGGUGACAGUGACACUGCUCCUGCCCUGACAGGGGCUCAGGGGGAGGGCUUGCCUGAGCCCCAUGGAAAGCAAAGCCGAGCUGUACCUGCAGUGCCCUUCUCACCGUGUUCCUGCCGCUUACAGGCUGUUGAGUCACUGGAAAAUGUGGGAGUGAAGAGUUUGGUAUCGGCUAAUGAUGCCUCUUCUUUGGAUAAAGUUCCUAAAAUGGUAACAAGUUUUGAUGCGGUGGUUUUUGCAGCAGAGACACCUUGUUCCCAUGAAGUACCCGCUGCAGAAAAAGUGGGGUUUGAGCCCCAGACUGCAGUGGAUGCUGGAACCAGCCUUAAUGGACAAAUGGAUUUAAGUUCCUCAGCAAAGAAAAAGAAUGUCAGCCUGGCAGUGCAAGGAGCUGAGCCUCUUACAGGGAGGUUGGAGAUGAAAACUGAGGACGAAGUGGAUUUUCGGAAGGACAGCACGGAGGAAGUGAUAAACCGUGAGAGCUGGUGUCCGCUGGAGCCAUGUCCCGACCCCUCCCUGCUGGAGCGCAAGCGGACACGGGAGUCUCCAGAAUGUGAGAACUUCUUGGAGGAUGGGCUGAGCAGUGUCUGUGCCUCGUCACAGGGUGGUCUUAAAAGAGAGUCUGGGAGUGAGUCUGACCUCUUCCCCAUGCCUGGAGAUGGGAUGGAAGACCUUGUCUUUGGGAAGCAGCCUGAAGAGGAGCAGUCUGCAUGUGAUGUCACCAGCUCCAGCUCCUCUGCAGAUGACACCAUGUCCCUGGAGAGGAACUCAUCCCUGGGCAGCGACACGUCCCUCCCCUUCCCACCCAUGGGGAGCUUUGCCCAGCCCAAGGACAGGCACAGCCUGGAUGGCAGCUGCACCAACAUGGUGUCCUCAGAGGGAGGAGAGAAGGAAGAGGAGCUGGACAGCAUCACGGACGUGCCCGCGCCUUCCUCCGUCCUGCGCAGCUCCAUGCGGCCGCUGUCUCCUUUCCGCCGGCACAGCUGGGGGCCGGGGAAAAAUGCCACCAACGAGGCAGAAAUCAAUCAGAGGAGUUCAAUGCGAAUUCUGGGGGAUGGUAUAAAGAAGCCUCCCAUUCAUAGGAGAAGUUUGAGCUGGUGUCCCUCAGGCGUACAGUACAUUGCCAUGGGUCCUGACUUUACUUGUAGAAGUUACAGCCUAGAAGGCCUUGCUGGAGACUCUGGUGAAAACAAGAAGCCUUCUACAAACCUGGAGGCUUCUUCUCUGAGCUCCAAAGACCUCAGGAGGAGUCCACUUGCCAGCAAUCAGUCCCUGGUCCUGCUCACUGAGGAGCUUGAGCAAGGAGAAAUCAGAGACUACAACCACCAGGUGCAUCAAACAUCACAGCCGCAAGGAUUUAACUUCUGUUCUUCUGCUGUUUCAUCUCCACUGACCAAAUCCAUGUCUCUAAUGUCAAUUAGCAAGCCAGUGCUCGACACCCAGGGCCGGACUCGACCAUCGAGACGAAUCUCCUUCUCCUUCAGCAUCUCUCCACUCAUUCCUAAGUCUAAAACUCUCUUUUCUAUUGGCUCUUCUUCCAGUGAUGAGGAGGAGGAGUUGGAUAGUUCGCAGUCGUUGGGCGGCUCCAUGGGCUCCUCAGUGCAGAGCAUAUCUGAAGAGAGCAGCAGUGUCCCUGCUGGUAAAGGUGUAACAAAAGUCAGCCGCACCUUCAGCUACCUCAGGAAUAAAAUGUCCAGCAGCAAGAAGAGCAAAGAAAAAGAGAAAGAUAAAGAGAAGACUAAAGAGAAGGACAAAGAUUCCAAGGAGAAGGAAAAAGAUAAGAAGCUGUUGAAUGGACAUCUCUUCACUGCAACCUCCGUUGUAGCCCAAGCAACCUGCUACCACUGUAUGAAGCCUUUCAAUAAGGAUUCGUACUACUGUGCAAACUGUAAUGCAAUUGUUCACAAAGGCUGUAAGGAGAAUUUUGCUUCUUGUGCAAAGGUCAAAAUGAAGCCACAGAGAGGGAUGCUGCAGGCACACGAUACCUCCUCAUUACCCACAGUAACCAUGAGAAACAAAAGCUCGCAGCCGAAGGAGCGCCCGCGCUCCGCCAUCCUCGCUCCCGAUGAGAGCACCGUCACCUCCACCUUCAACAACAGGAGAUCACAGCAGCCCACUGCACUCUCCAAAAGUGUCUCCAUACAGAACAUUGCAGGAGUUGGGAACGAUGACAACUUAAUACACACUUGGAAAUUCCUGUCACAGUCAACAGACUCCUUACAUAAAAUCAGCCGGGUUAAUGAGUCCAUGGAGUCACUGGUUGAUGAAGGUGCAGACAUGAAUGAAGGACAGCUCAUGGGAGACCUGGAAUUAGAUUCCAAGCAGCUGGAGGCAGAGUCCUGGAGCCAAGUAGUGGACAGCAAGUUCCUGCAGCAGCAGUGCAAAGACGUUGUCAAACGGCAAGAUGUGAUUUACGAGCUAAUGCAGACGGAAAUGCACCACGUCCGCACCCUGAAGAUCAUGAACGAUGUGUACAGUGCAGCCAUGUUAAAGGAACUGCAGUAUGAUCAGCAAGUUGUGGACAAGAUCUUUCCCUGCCUGGAAAACUUGCUGCACAUCCACAGUCAGUUUUUCCAGCGGAUUCUGGAAAGGAAGAAGGAGUCACUGGCAGACAAAAGUGAAAAGAACUUUGUUAUCAGGAGGAUAGGUGACAUCCUAGUGAAUCAAUUCUCUGGGGAGAACGCUGAGCGAAUGAAGAAAACAUACGGCAAAUUCUGCGGGCAUCACAACGAGGCUGUCAAUUACUUCAAAGACCUUUACUCGAAGGACAAGCGCUUUCAGGCAUUUGUCAAGAAGAAAAUGAGCAGCUCCCUGGUGAGGCGUCUGGGGAUUCCUGAAUGUAUCUUGUUGGUAACACAGAGAAUCACAAAGUACCCAGUCCUUUUACAAAGGAUACUGCAGUACACCAAAGAAAAUGAAGUGGAACAUGAAGACUUGAGUCAGUCACUAAACCUUGUUAAAGACGUGAUUGCUGCAGUCAAUAGCAAAGUCAGCAAUUAUGAAAAGAAAAUGCGUCUUGGGGAUAUUUACAACCGGACAGACAGCAAGUCCAUCAUGAGGAUGAAGAGUGGACAGAUGUUUGCAAGAGAGGACUUGAGGCAUCGGAAACUCAUCCGAGAUGGGCCUGUUUCACUAAAAAACUCAGCUGGCCGGUUAAAAGAAGUCCAGGCUGUUCUCCUCUCUGACAUGCUCGUGUUCCUUCAGGAGAAGGACCAGAAGUAUGUCUUUGCCUCACUGGACCAGAAAUCCACAGUGAUCUCUCUGAAGAAGUUGAUCGUACGAGAAGUAGCUCAUGAAGAGAAGGGUUUGUUCCUGAUCAGCAUGGGUGGAAAGGACCCUGAAAUGGUGGAGGUCCAUGCCAGCUCCAAGGAAGAGCGCAAUGGCUGGAUACAGAUCAUUCAGGACACAGUGCACACCAUGGAUAGAGAUGAAGAUGAAGGAGUCCCGUGUGAGUCUGAGUUGGAAAAGAAAUUGUUUGAUGCAAGAGUGAGAGGACUGAAAGAACAACUUCAGCAGAAGGAUAAACAGAUCCUGCUCUUGCUGGAGGAGAAGACGAAGAUCUUCCAGGACAUGGCAGACAGUUCUGUGCAGGAGGAGACCCCAAGCUCCAGGCUGCUCUUCAGAUCCAGAACAGAAGAGGCUCCAAAAGGAGAGGCAAUCAUGAAAAGUGCAAUAAAUGAAGUUGAAUUACUGCAAGACCUGGUGAACAGGAGCCUGGGCACUGCCCUUGGACAGCAGGUCAGCAGCACUGCCAUGGAUCAGGAGGGAGGGGUUGGCCCCAUCUCACUCCCUAGAAGGGCAGAAACUUUUGGAGGAUUUGACAGUCACCAGAUGAAUGCCUCCAAGGGUGGAGCGAAAGAUGAAGGCGAUGAUGCUCAGGACCUUCGGAGAACAGAGUCAGACAGCAUUUUAAAGAAGGGUGGAAAUGCUAAUUUGAUGUUCAUGCUGAAAAGGAAUAACGAGCAGGUCCUCCAAACCAUUACCAGCCUCCAUAAGCUGCUCAGUGCUUUGCAGGGCGUGGUGCUGCAGCAGGACACCUACGUGGAGAGCCAGAAGCAGUCUCGGAGCGAGAAGGCUCCCAGCCGAAGCUCAUGCCGGCACACCUCGCUGGCGGAGCAGGAGAAGCAGCGCAGCCUGGAGAAGCAGCGCCAGGAGUUUGCCAACCUGAAGAAACAGCAGACACAGCACCAGGAGGAAAGGCAGAGGAGGGAGAAGGAGUGGGAAGUGCGGGAGAAGGAACUGGCAGAGCACGAGGCCGAGCUGGCCCAGCGCGAGGAGCAGGUGCAGAGGCUGAGGCAGGAGCUGGAGCGGGAGCGGGAGGAGCUGCAGGUGAAGAAGGCGGCCUACCAGCUCGACCUGGAGAGGCUCCGCAUGGCACAGAAGCAGCUGGAGAGGGAGAAGGUGCAGCUGAAGCAGGACGUGGAGCGAUUCGCUCAAAUGCGGCAGGAGCCUGACCACAACCAGGUUUCAAAUCUACAUGAGAAACUUGCAAGAGUCUCCUCCCAGUCCAGCAUAGAUGAAUCCUCCAUGCAGAAAAACCCUUCCCUUCCUAAACAAGGGCACUUUGAUGCAGAACUGUCUGUCUCCCCCAAAAGGAACAGUCUUUCAAGGACACACAAAGAGAAAAGCACUUUCCAUUUGCUUAGCACAACAAACCAGACUAACAAGGCAGCUGAGGAACAGACCCAGAUGCCUACUCGCCUCUUCAGUUUAGCCAAACCAAAGGAGAAGAAGGAAAAGAAGAAAAAGAGCAGGGGACAUCGCUCCCAACAGUCUGAUUCUCACUCGUCAGAAGCACCUCCAGAGGGUGAGGAGAUCUUCUGCUGAGCAUGGACUGUUCCAGUGGUCACUCGUGGCAUUGGCACCGUGGACACCUCCCUGCCUGUGACACAGCACGUGGCUGGUGCCUGCUCUGGACAAGCAUCUGGAGGUUUUAAAUAAAACAUGUUCUGAAGUCUGCUAAGUGGUGGAUAAGGGCCUCUCCUGUGGUUUUAGGUGAAUUCUCCCUGCAGAGGCUGUGCCUGCACAGCACACAGGACCCUCUCCCUGUGCAAACCUGGUGUCAAAUGGAUUGGGAUAGAUGUUGUCUGUCUCACUGCUAAAGGAUGAGAGAACAUAGCCUUAAGGGGUCUGUGCCUUCCAAUUCCCCUUUUCUGGGGAAAAGAACCAAAACCAAGCAUUUAGCAAAGAUUAAGACUCACAAAUGGUGCACACUGGCAUAUAUAGAUACACUGUAUAUAUACAUAUAUGUAUCUGUGUAUCCACUGGGAUAUGCUUACAGUCCCUACAGCUGAGGUCCACCCCUGGGGAUAGGUGAUACCUGAGGACUUUCUGGGAGUGUGUUGAUAUUAAAUACCUUGCCCUUACUGCUCUGACUGUAACACAGUGACCUGCACACCCCUUUUGUGCUCAUGGGAUAGGGGCUGUUUGGUUUCAGAAGGGUACCUUACACCAGGAAGCAGUAACAGCAUUCAGAAGCAACAACUCAGAGGAUAAAAAUUAAAACUUAAAGUAAAUCUGAACUAAUUCUGUGGGCCAGAGGAAUCAAACGUCAGGCUUUUUCCACAGUCAAGCAGAACAUUACUGGGUAUAUUUAAUAUGGCACCGAAAAGAGAAUUUUGGUAGGCUGGUAAGGCAGUCCCAUGGAGCCAGAACAAACUGUUCAAAUGGAAACAACAGUAAGCAACACUUUUUUUAAACCAUCUCUUUGAACUCUAGCUCACUCCCUCCCAUCCCCAAACUAAAGAUUAUGUUUUUGCUGGAACAGAGCUCUCCAUUUGACAUUAUAAGCCUAAUGACUGACUGGGGGGGUGGCUGAAAAUCUGCUUUUAGGGAUCUUUGUUAUGUUCUUUGAGUUUUCUUAGCCUGCUUUUUGUGCUCCCAUUGGGCUUCUGUUUCUCUGGAUUUUCUCACCUGCCCUGAUCGUUUCUGAGGCAGAGUGAGAGCAGCAGUGUCCGAGCAGGUCAGAGCGGGGCAGGCUCUGAGGAGAUGGCUCCUGUCCCUGUGGCUGUGCAAUACCAGGCACUUAGGAACCAUUUCUGGAGAGAAAAAGGUUCUGGUGGACAAAAACCCCCUGUGGGCCAGGCCUGGAGUUCAGUGUGGCGUGUCCCCAUGGUGCAGAACAGGAAGGUCCAAGGGCAGCUCUUGCUGUGCCAGCUGUGGGGUGUCUGUAGAGUUGUGGAAUACAGGGAUGUGUUCAGUGGGGGAGGAGAACUGCAAGGAGAGGCUUUUCUCAAAAAUCACCUUUCUUCCAAACCCUGUCAGGAGAAUUACCCUAGUGGAUUUGUAAAUGGUUAUCAACUUCAAAAUAGAUCAAAGUUUUGCUCGAGAGUUUGAAGCUGUCAGGUGCAUUUCCUUUCCUACCAGUUUUUUUCUUUGAAAUAACAAAUAAUUUCUCUUCUUGUACUAUUGUUUGAUUUCAGUUUGCUCUCAGGCCUGUCAUGAGUUGGUGACACACAGCAGUUUUCAGAGUUAGUGCUGAUGAAUAUCAGCAGCAUUGAUGGUGAGGUGGAUGCUUAGGCUGGGCUGUCUUGGUGCAGGAACCCUGCUUGCUUUGGAAGC